AGAAAUGAAUUUUUUUUAUCAAAUUGGGACUUCAAAACUUUUAUAUUGCAGCCAGUAAGUUCAGACUUCACAAAUGUUCCACUAGACCCUGAUCAGCCGAAGAGGAAAAAAGUACCAAGAAGACUGAUUCAUUUUAGUGAUGGGGUAUUGGAGGAAUAUUCCACUGAUGAGGAAGAUGAAGCACCUCCCCUACCCCCACCUGUUGACCCAAAAACACUGACAUGGGGGCCAUGGUUCUGGUUUUACAUUUCCACAGCAGCAUUCAAAACACUUGGAGUGGCAGAUUCCUGUGGUGAAAAAUUAGCUUGGUUCUUUGGAAUUACAACUCCAAAAUACCAGUCUGCUAUAGAUGAGUUUUACAGAUUAAAAUCCGAGGAAGAAAAAGAGUUAGAAUAUGAACAACGAGCACGGGAGAAACUGCAAGACUUAUCAAGCAUUGAUGUCAAAGUAAUAGAUCAACAUAGAGAUAAAGGUUCAGGGGACAGUCCCACAGAGAAAUUCUGAUGCUUCUUGUAUUCACUUAAUGGUUGCCUUAACAACAUUCUGAUCUGAUUAAGCUUUCCAAUGUGAUGGACAUAAACUACUUAAAGAAUGCUGACAAAUUUUGUGUUCUGUUUGAUGAGAUUUGGGGCAAAAUGCAUAAAAGUUGUCUCUCAACUGAAAAAUGUAUUGUAAAUUUUGUUGUUACAUGAGAUACUGUAAUUAAGGUGACAAAGGGUCAUUUUUAGCUCGAUUUUAUGUAAAUAAACAUAUAUAUAUUUAUAUAUAUAUAUAUAUAUAGAGAGAGAGAGAGAGAGAGCUGUCCUGCGGGAUUGAGAGUCGAUGUCAGUGUACAUGUCAGCAUUAUCCCAUGGUUUAGUGUUUGCUCCACAUUUUCUCAGAAGCAAUUGAGACAUAACUAAAACUUGUUAAUGAUCAUUACCUACUCUUGUAGAGAUGAGUACAUAACUCUUGUCAGGGAUUAAAAAACAAUGUUUUGCCCCUUUUGUUGACUUAAGUUUGGAAGUUUGUUGUAUUACCACAAAAUCUUUCCACUUAAUCCUUUAAUGAAAUUAUAUAUGAACUUAAAACUCACUUCUAGGCAAAGUGAUAUAGCUACAUACAUGUUAUAAUCACAUGCUAAAAUAUUAGAUUGAUAAUCUUUUAUUUAAUUAUAUUUAUUGAUUAUAAGAUUUAAAUUACAAAAUUAAGCAUCUAACCAUGUGAAGUCUGUUUUAAUUCUGUUUAGUUUUCAAUUAUUAAAAAUAUGGCUUUCAGCAGAAAAUGUUUGUAUAACCCUCUAUGGUAAAGCCUUUUUCAGGUUGUCCAUUAUUUUUCACCUGUUCAUGUUUCAUUAUUUAAAUAGUUAAAGAGUUAUUUAUGUCAUUUAUUUAACCUAUAUCAUAUUUUUUGUAUGAUCAUAUUAUUUAUUUUUUGAUAUGAGUACAUGCAUAGUAAUUGUUGGAGGGAAAGUUUCAAUUUUUGAUUCGGGGAUAGUGUAUAUUCAAAUUUAUCAUAUAUGCCAGAGAUCUUCUGAGGAAGCAAUUUUGUGCCAUUGGCACUAACAAAAUGAAAAGGGCGCAGAAAAAUUGGAAGCAAAUGGCCAUUGGUGUGUCUAAAUCUGUGCGGAACUUGUAUCAGCACGAAAACAAAACCUAUUGAUUAGGUUAAUUUGUCAUCAAGUCAAAACUGGUACAAACAGCAACAGGUUUUAUACUGAUGUCACAAAUCGCUCUGUACAAUAACAUGGCCUCAAAUCAGUUGUGAGAAAAAUAAUAACAAUUUUUUUAUUCAAGCAGUGGCAUUAAAAUUACACUUAAUUGGAGAAACAAUUUUUUAACACUUCCUCUCUGUAAAUUUGUAAUUGAUAAGCUGAUAAAUGUUUCAAAUGUCAUGGAAUGAAAUGUGUAGUAAAUGUUUGUUGUCAUUUAAUUUAAAGCAUUCACAAUAUUAAAAUUUCUUUUGAGUCUUGUGCAUUUGUAAAUUGAAACAAAAAAAUCCAGUUUGUCACUGUUGUUGUAGUAUGUACUCAAAGUGCCAAUAAUUGAUAAGAGAACAUUUUUAAUAACGGUCCCACCAUUUACGGUUAUCAAUCACUGAUGAUUAGAAAAAUCGUUUUGGUCAAAGUUUAAUUAUUUUCCCAUGGCCCAUUCUUUGUACAAAAUUACCCAUCAUAUUUAGACCAAGCGGACCCAGGGCCCAGCACUUUUAAAUUCUCGGCAGAUCUCUGUAUAAUACCAGUUAGAUUACUGUAUAUAGUUCCAUUAUUGACAUGAAUCAGAACUUUAUUUAUUUAGGUUGAAAUUAGUCAUGCCAUAAAAAAUUAUUUUAUGUAUAUGCCGUUGACCCGUAUUUUCGGGGGUUUAAUGUUUUAAAUUAAAGCCACCGUUUUUAAAUUAAUAGUAAAUGGAAGACAAAAAACAUCAACAGUGAGUAAAAACUAUGACAAACAAAAAAGGAACCGUUUAAAAUACGAAAAUAAACUAUUUCAGUAAGAAAUACUAAUCUUUCUACUUUCACUAUCGGUAGUCUGUGUCGCUCGGAAGCUGUCUCAUAUUUUCGGGGAUUUUGAUUGGAUGGCCUCGUUUCGGUAAUUACGUUGCGCGCGCACAAAUUCUAUACUGCACUCAAUAUAUUUCGGGACAUUGGUUUAAGUUAGGUAUAAGUUCCGGUGAUGAAUUUUAAGGCGAAGAUACGUUUUUCGUUCUUUUUUGUUGCUGUGUAGUUGAAAAUAACGUAUAAAAAUGAGAAAAGAAAAAAUUAUAAUUGUAAUGACAUUGACAGAUUUAUAUUUAUGUGUUUAAUAUGUUUAGUACGAAUUCUUAUGGUAGUAAUUUAUUGAAAUAAGUGUUGGCGAAAACUUGAUGCUUUUUUGGAGAGUCCAAUCAAUCGCACGAGCUGUCAUUCACAACUGGACAUGACGCCACGAAAAUAUGAGAACCCCCGAAAAUAUGAGAACAAGGCAUAUAUUCAAGUACCUUUUUUAGGCAUGUAUGAGUAUUUGGUAUGUCAUGGCAUUUCGACAGACCAUCAUGACUGAGAAGUAAAGGUCUGUGACUUUGAACAAUGUGUCCAUAACCUCCGUUGGUUAAUGUUCUUUCACAGACUUUGUAUUGUUUCAUUUGAAGAAGCUAUCCAGCUAAUCUGCAUGAAUUAAUGCUUAGAAGGGUGUUUAAGAUCUUCCUGUGACAGUAACACUAGAAGUUGGCCAUAUGACAUUAAAUGUAUCAGUAUGAUUUAUAACCCAACCAGUCAGUGAUAUCAUGAUGUUUAGAAUUUAUGUUCAUAGUAAUCAUACUAUAAAGUAAUCAUACUAGAAAGGUUUUAAGCAAAAGAGAUUUUUUAUGAGCAUAUAAAUGAUAGGCCACACAUUAUUUCAGAAGUUACACUAUGUUGUUUGU